AUGCGCUUACUCUUUCCUUCCUCUCCAAACCCAAUCAAAACCCUCUUCCAACUCGCCCGAUCCCACCACCGAGUCUACUCAUCGGCACCUCCGCCACCUCGGAGAUCGUCAAAUCCAAUGGCGAUCCCUUCAAAGUCCGCAGUAGCCGCCGGUUUCCCCAGCGAGGAAGGUCCAGCAAGAAAGUUCUGGUUGGAGUUUCGAAGAGAGUCCUUGCUCUCUCUUUACUCUCCUUUUGCUCUGUGUUUAGCUUCUGGGACUCUCAAGAUCGACACUUUUCGUCAUUAUAUUGCCCAAGAUGUUCACUUUCUCAAAGCCUUUGCUCAAGCUUAUGAAUUGGCGGAAGACUGUGCAGAUGAUGAUGAUGCAAAGCUAGCAAUCUCGAAGUUAAGGAAGAGUGUCUUGGGUGAGCUAAAAAUGCAUGAUUCUUUUGUAAAGGAGUGGAGUUCCGACAUUGUUAAAGAAAGCACUGUAAAUUCUGCGACUGUAAAGUACACAGAAUUCUUGCUGGCAACAGCUUCUGGGAAGGUUGAAGGCCUAAAAGCUGCAGGAAAACUUGCCACUCCAUUUGAGAAAACCAAAAUUGCAGCUUACACUCUAGGGGCCAUGACACCUUGCAUGGCGCUGUAUGCCUUUCUGGGUAAGGAGUUUAAGGCACUUCUAGGACCCAGUGAGCGAGAUCACCCAUACAAAAAGUGGAUUGAGAAUUAUUCUUCUGAAGGUUUUCAGGCAUCAGCUCUGCAAACUGAAGACUUGCUGGAUAAACUUAGUGUCUCAUUGACAGGCGAGGAACUAGACAUCAUUGAGAAGCUUUAUCAACAAGCCAUGAAACUUGAAAUAGAGUUCUUCUAUGCUCAACCGCUUACUCAGCCCACUGUUGCUCCUCUGACUAGGGAGCAUGACCCUGCACAAGAUCGUCUUAUGAUAUUUUCUGAUUUUGAUCUCACUUGCACAGUUGUUGAUUCAUCUGCCAUUUUGGCGGAGAUAGCAAUACUAAGAGCCCCAAAAUCUGAUCAGAACCAACCGGAAAGUCAAACUCCUAGGAUGUCAUCUGCUGAGUUGAGGAGCACAUGGAGUCUAAUUUCUGGUCAAUACACAGAAGAGUAUGAACAAUGCAUAGAAAGCAUUUUACCCUCUGAGAAAGUGGAGUUCAACUAUGAAAGACUGCAUAAAGCUCUUGAGAAACUCUCAGAAUUUGAGAAAAAGGCAAAUUCUAGGGUGAUUGAGUCCGGCGUACUUAAGGGCCUAAAUCUUGAAGACAUUAAACGAGCUGGUGAACUUCUGAUUCUUCAAAGUGGUUGCAUUGAUUUCUUUCAGAAAAUCGUGAAGAAUAAAAAUCUUAAUGCCAAUAUCCAUGUGCUUUCUUAUUGUUGGUGUGCUGAUCUCAUCAGGGCUGCAUUUUCUUCAGGGGGUGUAGAUGAUCUAAACAUACAUGCAAAUGAGUUCAGUUUUGAAGAAUCAGUAUCCACGGGUGAAAUUGUUAGGAAGGUGGAGUCUCCUAUUGACAAGAUUCAAGCUUUCAAUGAUAUCUUACAAGACUCUGGCAAUGACAGAAAGAACUUGACUGUGUACAUUGGAGAUUCAGUAGGUGAUUUGCUUUGUCUACUGAAAGCAGAUGUAGGUAUUGUGAUUGGGGGGUCUAGUACAAGCCUAAGGAGAGUGGCGAGACGGUAUGGUAUUUCUUUUGUCCCAUUGUACCCUGCCUUGGAAAAACAGAAGGAAUAUGCUGAAGGAAGCCCUUGUAUUUGGAAGGGGCAAUCAGGAAUUCUUUACACUGCCUCUAGUUGGGAUGACAUUCAUGCCUUCGUUUUGGGGUGGUAGAAUCUUGUAUUUUUUUCUUUUUCCCUUUUUUUGGGUUGGCACCCAUCAGCCAUCAUCGUCUUCUGUUAGUUUAGGACAGAUGAAGGAACCGUUUAUACAGAGAAUUUUACAAUGGGGGCAGUGGUGGCAGCAAUCCCCAAA